AGGAUCGGGAGGAGUGAGCCAGCAGCACCAGGAGCAGGAGGAGGGGUCGGCACGCAGCAGCAGCAGCGUUGGCUCGGAGUGGCAUCGCGCGCGGGUCUCCCCGCCAUGAUGAUGAUGCGGCCCGGGCCCUCGUCCCUGGCGGACGGCGCGGCCUGGGCGGCCCGGGCCCUGCGCUGAGACGAGGACGAGGAGGAAGAGGAGAAGGACGAGUAGGAGGAGGAAUGAGGGAGUCGCCGCGGAGGACGGGCCGUACCUGGCUGGAGGCCGCCCGGGUGGUCCUGGAGAGCCACCACAACACACCGAUGAGCAGGAAUGACAUCCUCAAAGUCAUCCUCAAGGAAAAGCUCAAGGACAUCAGUGGAAAUUCCCAGUCAUCUCUGAAUACGUUGAGUGCAAUGCUUUACUCAAACUCGCGAACCCUGGGUGGCAUUUUCUACAAACUCCCAGGCAGACCCGGAGUCUACAAACUGAAGAAAUUUGCGCCUCACAGGCGCAGAGGUAAGAGCGAGGGCCACGGAACUCGGAAGACACUGCUGACCAGAAGGAGCAAGUUCUCUCCCGCAAGGUCUCCUGGCGGCCAGAGCUCGACGCCUUUCCAGCGACACCGCGCGGGAGCGAGGACUCUUCCAGCGAGACAAGCAGGUUCCCUGCGCCUCGUAUUGCGGAGGGGGGGCUCGCGGGCCCGGAGCCCCCCUGCCCACGGCGCCAAGACUGCGCCGCCAGCCCGCGCCGCUUCCGCCAGCCAGCAGCACUGCAGGAGGGCCCUCAAGCAGGCUCUAAAACAGCAGAGGGGAACGCAGAGCCGGAGGCUGUCUGCGAAAACGCUCGUCUUGCAGUACUCCCUCAAGAAAUCCCUCGACGUUCAAGCAACCCAACCCGGCGAUCGAUCGCGCCCCGAGGAGGACAGCAUGGACGUGGACACCCCGCACUCGCUGCUCGUGAACACGGAGCUGAAGGCCCUGAUCAACGUGCACACCUUCGCGGCCCUGCCAGCCGACUUCCGGAAGAAACUUCUGUCUCAGCUGCCUCCCCUCGACAAGGAGGUGAAGGCCGGCGUCGAGCAGCCGAGCAGCACUGCCUUAAACAACGAGUUCAUCAACGUCGCUCUUGCGGAGUGGACCCACCGGCUGGCCGAAGGUGCAUUCACAGCGGAGAUGCAGCUACGCUUGAAGCAGGAGAAGGAGAGGAAGGUGGAGGCGUGGAAGGAGGAGUUCUUUGAGGAUUACUACGGACAGAAGUCUGGGUUUUCUGAAGAAGAAGUGGCCUUGCUGAUGGAGAAAGAUGAUCGAGAUCCGUCCGGGGUCGGGAGCGUCGCAGCUCUGCGCAGCGCUGCCGUCCCUGCCGCCGCCGCCGCCGAAACGUCCGGCCCGGACAAAGGCGCGGCGACUGCCGCUGCACGGCCCCAGUCUUCCAGACCGUCGGCCGUUUGCUCCAGGAGACGAACGCUCGCCAGGGGGGCCCCCGCGGCCGAACCGUGCCCGCCGUUGUCCCCUGCCGUCAGAGUGGCCGCUCCACGCGAGAAGAAGCAGGCGAAACAGCUUGGCGCGGGAAAGGGGGGCGGCAGUGGCGGCGGCGGCGGAGUGGAGUGCGACGGCGUGGACGCCGCGCCGCUCAGCCAAGCGUCGCCUUCCCAGGCCUGCCGUCUGGGCGGCGAGGAUUGCGCCUCGGAGAAAACCCGGGCUGGAUCGGCGGGAGCGCCGCCGUGCAUCAAAUCGAGGGAUCUGCCGUGGCAGAAGGCGGGCGUCCAGAGCGCGAAGAGCGGCCCGUCGGGAAAGAGGGAGAAUUCCGAAGAGGGGAGAAUCUCGCGGUGCUGCGCGGAGAAUACGGACAGCGACGAGGCUGCAGCCGCGCAGGGAAAUCAGCACCGCGUGCCAUUCGCUGCCGAUGCUUCCGCCAAUUCCCAGCCGCUGACUCCCUCCGCAGCAAUGCAGAAGGGCGCUUCCAGCGAGAGCCUGUUAAAGUGCGCCGCUCCUGCAGCCAUCAGAGCGGAGGUGUCGCCCGCCGUGAAGAAGCAAGGGCAGGGCAGGUGCACGAGGAAGUGCAAGGCCAGGCGCAGCAGCCAGAGCAAGAGGAAGCGCUUGCGCAGCGAGGCAGACCUCGUGCCCGAGGAAGGAGACAACUCGGACGUUGCGGACGACGCGGAACCCGCCGGCGCCUACGCCGGCCAGGCCUUCUUCCGGCUCUGGGAGCCUUUGCACAGCAUCCCCGUCGUCUACUUUUCCCCGUAUUAUUUUGGCGAGCAGCUACUGCCGCUCGUGCACGAAAGGGAGUCGUGCCCGACGAGGGUAGGCCAUCACAAGGACUGGUGUUGCCGGAAGAACCAGAGCGAUCCCUGUCUUUUUCCCGACAAAGGCAAGGUGGGUUGGUUCGGAAACCAAGGCAGCGCCAUUCAUGAGCACACCUUUGGGAAGCUUCCUUGGUCAGGUCUUUUGCAAGAACCUGAGCUGAGCACCGUGAAGAAAUCCGCACUCUCUUCCCCCGGCCAUAGAAACUCCGCGGUGAUGACGGGCAAUGAGAACAGCAAGAGUUUCCCCGCGCCCAAGCCAGACACGUCACACUGUCCCUCCGGUGGCGGUGGCGGCCAGCCUUGUGAGUCUUUCACCCAGCCCAGGGACAAACGAUUCCCCGAAUGCAACUUCUUCCAAGCACUUUUACAGGUCGACCUGAAGAUCAACGACAAAUCUCCAUCGCCGACGAGGAGAGCCUCGGCGAACGCGAGGCACGUGUGCGAUCCCGCGACGUGCGGCAACGACGGCGGCUUUGAAGCCGCGGGGUACCGCGGGGGACCGAGCGCGAGGCAGCGAGGAGCGGCCGCGGCGAUGGCCGGGGUCGGCGAACACCGCAAGCCCGUGGAGUCCUCCCCGCCGUUCUGGCUGCAGCACGGCGGCAGGUCGCCGGACGGCACCGCGGCGGCACACGGCGACGACACGGCCUGGUGCGCCACCGUCACGUCCAUCCCCAUCUGCGGCUCUCCGCUGAGCGACCCCCGCAUGGCGCUGUCCGUGGGCGGCCUCCCGCUGGCCUGCGUCGCCGCCACCGCGGGCCGCUCGCCUCCUCCGGCCGCGCAAACGCCCGGGCGCCAACUUCCCGGCCGCUGCUUGGCCCGGGCGGCCGUGGGAGGCGGCGGGUCGGUGGCCCGUGUCCCCUGCCCGCCGGCGGGCUCCACGAAGGCCUUGGCGGUGGCGGCACAGCCGGACGUGGGCCACACGGCCGCCUGUCGCGAAAAGUGCGGCACCAGAGGCGCCAAGCUGUUUGUGGGCUGCCCCGUCUCCCAAUAGCGUCUUGACUCUUGACGCGCGACCGUUUGCCAGAUGUGUAGCGAGAGAGCGAGCCGCAUUUGAAACUAUUGUCCACAUCAGCGUUCUCUUUUUUUAUAUAUAUACAUGCAUAAACCUAAUUAUAUCUUGAAUAUGUUUUUCUAUAAUAUGGUUAUCGUGUGUUAGCUCAUUGUACAGUACAUGAAGGCUUCAGUAGUAAGUAAAUAGACGUGAUUGGUCUGUGUAAGAUCGGUCAGCGAGUGGCAGUGUGUGUGUGUGUGCGCGCAUCCCUUGCCUUCCCAACUUGCACUGUGCUGUGUCCUGCUAUCAGCACAAGGCCUGAGGUUUUAAUAAGAGAAUAUUGCACUUUCAUUGUUCAUGCUGGUUUGUGUAAGUAAAUGUUUUUUCUUUUUUGACACUAGGGUUGAAGUGCUGUAAUCUGCACCGAGCCGAUGUAAACGCGCGCCCGCCCGCGCCUCGCGUCUGCGCUGCCUCCAGUGUUCAGCAAAAACACGAGAGGUGCGGGACCGCGCCGCGCAAACCGCAUGAAACCCCCGACGCAGUCGAGCGUUCGCAACGGCAGAAACGGGGGGCAACGUUUUCCCACGGCUUCUCUCGGGGGCGGCGCAGCUCUCUCAAAACGGAGGCGAGAGUCGGUGAGGGUGGGAGAGAAAUUGGAAAGGUCGGGGGAACGUAGUAGGAGUGGAAAGCGGAGCGAGACGGUUGGGCCCCGACGGCGAAAGAGCGAGCGGCCGCGGUUUGACAAGGGCUUGGAUGCCAGCGUUGGUGCCCUCCGUUCCCGUUAAGUCUCCCGCGCGUUUCCUUCUUCCACUUGACGUCUUGUUUACGCGUGUCCCCUACGUAACCCUGCCCCCGUCACUGCCAGUGUCGCGCGCCCUGCCCAUCGUUAGUUUAGGGCUAAUCGACUAUAGUUUUAACGAAACUAAAAAAAAAAACUGAAAAAAAAGUACGUGUAUGAAAUACAUAUGGUUACAGAGUUUACGUAAACGUGUGAUUUUAGUCGUCAAAAUGUUAAGGUAACGAAAUGCAAUAUAACACAAAAAAAGGAUGAAGAUGCAAAACGUGCUUCCACGGAGCAUCUGGCUGAUUUUAAAUGCUGCAGAUAAAAAGAAUGUAAAGAAUGUAUGUUUCUUUUGUAUGCGGUGCGCAUGCCUUUAUGUGGCUGAGCUGGAGUAUUAGCCGAAAGGGAGUUUGCCAAAGCUUACCACGAGGUUGCCUAAAAGGAGCCGAGUUGAAUGUACUGAUGAUUAAGCAGAUACUUGAUGGCGGGUGGAUUGUGAGUGAUGAACGAGUCAAUCAAAGGAGGGGGGGGGGGUGGGGGGCGCUUGUGGAGCCCCCUAGCGAGGUGAUGACGCCGGUGAGAUGCGGCGGUGGUGGAUGGUGGGGGGGGGGUCCUGUUUGGCGUAGGGUUGCCGCAAUAUGGCUUUCGGCAAAACGUUUUCUGGAGUCGUUGAUGGCGGGGGCAUUUUUAAUGGCUGCGUCUUUUCCGCCGUUCCUCUAAUCGCCGAGCUUUUUUUUCGUGUGACCGAUAUCCGUGUGCGCCGUAAGCGUUGCAGAAUUGUCGGGUUACAAUGAUUAUAAGUAAAGUCCAGACAUUUGUCAAUAAUACCACCUUAAAAGGAAAAAUAUGUAAAAGGUUACAUUUUGGCCGAUAAUUAUAAGACGUAAGAAGACAUUGCUUUUGGGAGAUCUAUAACUGUUCAAAGACUUGUGGCAGGAUUGUGUCGAUUUUACUGCAGUUGAACUUUCAAGUAGAUCUUUACUUGUGCUGAAAAUAAUCGAUCAUAAAAGCACAAACACCAUAAAAUAUACGAAAAUACACGUGUCUACGAUAAUCUAUCCCCACGAACGUCGUCGUGUCGUGAUCCUUUGCAAUCAUCUCACUGCGAAAAAAUUACAUCGCGGCAACCCUACAGGAGGAGAGGGAGGGAGCGCCGGAUGCUUCUGCGCUGCGUUGAGACGGGCGCUGAACUUUGGCCCCACGUUUGCCACCGCUCCCGCGACAUCGCCCCGAGUCCUGGACAAAAGUGGGAAGAGAGAGAGAGAGAAGGGGGGCCGCGGCUGUCCCCUGUUGCCUCCCGGCGAAGUGGCACCUGCCGGACCUGUCGCCGCCUGCCCCAAAGCGAGAGACCCAUCCCCUACGUGAACGACGUCGACGCCCCGUUUGUUUUUUUUGGCACGAGUUUGCCUUUUUUUUUAAGUCCUUCCCAUGCCAGAACAGCACUUUGGGCAACGCGCCGGCUUCUCCGCAACUUGCCAUCUCGCCAACUGGUGACUUGAAGCAACAACUAAACACCACACCCGUUCAGAGGCGCGUGCGCGCCUGUGUCUGGGGUGGUGUUGGCUGACGGUUCACUCGCGGAGUGGCUACUCGUGAUGCACUUAACGUCAACUCCGUUUGCUAUUGGCAUUACAGUCGACGAUUGGCUCUUGGGCGACUCAGAAGACAAAACUCACCGCCGGAGACCAUGUGUCUGGGGUGGGUGGAGCACCGACCCUGGUACAAAUGCCGUGGUGGUGUCACCGUCACUUCGUGGCAAAUUAUGUUGGCAGCCGGUACAUUAGCAGAGUGAACGGCCACUUGCAGACGCCAGGCUAGACGGCUUUUGUCAAUUGCCAGAUAAGGAACCGCAACUUCCUUGUGCUCGCUCAACAACAACAGCAAGUAGGAGAAUUGCUGCUUAAAUGAGCACUGAGCACUGAGCCAGUGAUGGUAUUCCACCUAUGGCAGGGGCGAGUCUGUCCAUAAGACAACCACUGUUGACUACCCCGCAGAGUGGUAGUCGUUUUAUCGACCACGGAGAAGGAUGAUGGGCCGAGUCAACCCCAACCCCCCAACCAGGAUGUGAACUCGCAACCUUCCUAUUGCGAGCCGCUCGCCCUGCCGCUGAGCCACCUGGCCAUGUUAACUCGCACAAACCUGAAGUGAGAGUGAGCCACGUGUGUUAACCUGUCUCUAGGGUUGGGGGUGCGUCUAGGUUGGCAUUGGUGGUUCUGAGCAUCCGAGAAAGGGGCGGCCGGGGCCUAGCCCCACUGUGGGUGGGGCUGUGUGGGGGGCAGCCCGGGCCUAGCCCCACUGUGGGUGGGGCUGUGUGGGGGGCAGCCCGGGCCUGGCCCCACUGUGAGUGGCGCUGUGUGGGGGGCAGCCCGGGCCUGGCCCACUGCGAAUGGCGCUGUGUGGGGGGCAGCCCGGGCCUGGCCCCACUGUGGGUGGCGCUGUGUGGGGGGCAGCCCAGGCCUGGCCCCACUGAGUGGCGCUGUGUGGGGGGCAGCCCGGGCCUGGCCCCACCGUGUGUGUGUGUGUGUGGGGGGGGGGCAGCCCGGGCCUAGCCCCACUGUGAGUGGUGUGUGUGUGUCAAUCCGCCCGGCGCUGUUGGGGCAGCCUGAAAUUCAGGGGCUGGGAUUUGAAAAAUGUGUUGUUGUUGUGGAUAACUCUUAUUGUGUAAAAUUGUUGGUCUGGUGGGAGACCCAAUGUGAUUGCACUUGCCUCUUAAAAACCGCUGCGUGUAGAGAAACUAUAUUUUAAAGCUUGCUUGCACGAUUUGCUUUUUUUAUUUUUGCCCAAGAGUUUUAUGUUUUAAGAUUAAAAAAAAAAUAUAUGGAAACAAAUUACCAAGUAACUGUUACGAUGUAAUAGGAAUUAAAAAUGUAUCUGUAUAUUCUACAAGUAGACGGUCAGUUCACCUCAUGAUAUCUGUGUUGCACAUUUACUGUUUAAAGGAAACAAGGAGUGCAGUAUAUAUUAAAGCGUCUGGUCCCAGUGUC